UGUUGGUCUCCCUUCUUCUCGACAUUACAUACACCGCCUCAUACCACCGCUCCCCACUCUCCUCACCGCCGCCAUGUGCGGUAUUUUCGCCUGCCACCAGCAUCCUGAUGUUGCCAAGUUCCGGCCAAUGGCCCUUCGCAUGGGCAAGCAGAUCAAGCACCGCGGGCCCGAUUGGAGCGGCAACCAUACAGCCAACAACACCAUUCUCGUACACGAGCGUCUCUCAAUCGUCGGUAUUGACACUGGCGCGCAGCCAAUCUUGAACCAGGACAAGAGCAUUGCUUUGGCGGUCAACGGCGAGAUCUACAACCACAGAAUCCUCCGCAAUCAGCUUGCCAAGCCAUAUCCGUUCAAGACGCACUCCGAUUGUGAGGUGAUCAUUCCUCUGUACGAGCAAUAUGGCAUCGAUGCGCCAAAGUACCUCGACGGCAUGUUCAGCUGGGUGCUGCACGACAAGGCUCAGGACCGCCUGAUCGCCGCGAGAGACCCAAUCGGAAUCACCACUUUCUACAUGGGUCGCUCGUCCGAGACACCCGGCAGCGUCUACUUCGCCAGCGAGCUGAAGUGCCUCCACCCCGUGUGCGACACAAUCGAGAGCUUCCCACCAGGACACGUCUACGACAGCAAGACCGACAAGCUGACUCGAUACUACACCCCGCAAUGGUUGAUGGAGCCCAGCUCAGUCCCAUCCAACCCACUCGACUUGACAGUCCUCCGCGAGACAUUCGAACGAUCGGUCAGAAAGAGAUUGAUGGCGGAGGUUCCAUACGGUGUGUUGCUUUCGGGAGGAUUGGACAGCUCUCUUGUGGCUUCAAUCGCACAACGUGAGACUCUGCGUCUGCAAAAGGAGUACACCAAGCAACAGGCUCUCCUCUCUGGAACCAACAGCCCGUCAAUCAAUGGAGUCGCCAACGGCAAGCCUCCAGCGGAUGAGGAGCUCGCAGGUAUCGACGAGGAGUACCACCUCAACUCUGUGCCUGUACUCUCCCAACUCAACUCCUUCUCGAUCGGUCUUCCCGACGCACCCGAUACCAAGGCCGCUCUGGAAGUCGCCCGCUACCUCGGCACGCGCCACCACUCCUUCACCUUCACCAUCCAAGAAGGUCUCGAUGCUCUCUUCGAUGUCAUCUUCCACCUCGAAACCUACGAUGUCACCACCAUCCGCGCCUCAACACCCAUGUUCCUCCUCUCCCGCAAGAUCAAAGCGAUGGGCGUGAAGAUGGUGCUCUCCGGUGAAGGCAGCGACGAGAUCUUCGGCGGCUAUCUCUACUUCCACAACGCUCCCGACAAGAAGGCCUUCCACGAGGAGACCGUCCGCCGUGUCAAGAACCUCCACCUGGCCGACUGCCUUCGCGCCAACAAAUCCACCUCCGCAUGGGGCGUGGAAGCCCGCGUUCCUUUCCUCGACAAGCAAUUCCUCGACCUAUCCAUGAACAUCGACCCAGCGGAGAAGAUGAUCACCAAAGACCGCAUCGAGAAAUACAUCCUCCGCAAAGCCUUUGACACGGAAGGCGAACCCGGCGCGAAACCCUACCUCCCCAAACACAUUCUCUGGCGUCAAAAGGAGCAGUUCUCCGAUGGUGUCGGAUACGGCUGGAUCGACGGGCUCAAAGACGAGGCGAAGAAGAUGGUGACGGACGAGCAGAUGGUCGAGGAGACGAUCCGCAAGGAGAAACCGCACUGGGGUGAUGAUAUUCCGGAUUCGAAGGAGGCGUAUUGGUAUAGGUGUAUGUUUGACGAGCAUUUCCCUCCGCAGUGUGCGAGCACGGUGAUGAGGUGGACGCCGACGUGGAGUAAGCAGACGGAUCCGAGUGGGCGGGCGAUUGGAGUGCAUGAUCAGGCUUAUGAGGAGAAGAAGGCGGAGGCUUAG